AUGAUGAGGGGUAGAUCAGAUGGAGCACAAAACAAGCGCUUGUUAACUUCUGUGUGCGUUGGGGCCGUGUUUGUUGUGUUCCUGUAUGUCUAUUUUGGCUCUAAGAAUACUGGUGAGUCUGCUCUAGAGUAUGGCAGCCGUUCUUUGAGAAAAUUUGGGUCCUCUUAUUUGAGUGGGGAUGAAGACACUGAUCUUGGGGGAAAGCAGGAUGAAUCUUCAUUCAAGUUUGGACUUGAUGAUGGAGAGGAUGGUAUCGCUCCCAAGAGCUUCCCUGUUUGUGAUGAUCGUCAUUCGGAGCUAAUCCCCUGUUUGGACAGACAUCUUAUAUAUCAAAUGAGAUUGAAGUUGGAUCUAUCUUUGAUGGAGCACUAUGAAAGACACUGCCCCUUACCUGAGAGAAGGUACAAUUGCUUAAUUCCUCCUCCUCCAGGAUACAAGAUCCCAAUUAAGUGGCCAAAAAGUAGAGAUGAAGUAUGGAAAGCAAACAUUCCUCAUACUCAUCUUGCACAUGAGAAGUCUGACCAGAAUUGGAUGGUUGUUAAAGGUGAUAAGAUUAAUUUUCCUGGGGGAGGUACUCAUUUUCAUUAUGGGGCUGGCAAAUACAUUGCUUCAAUGGCAAAUAUGCUGAACUUCUCAAAAGACAACUUGAACAAUGAGGGAAGGUUGCGUACCGUUCUUGAUGUUGGUUGUGGUGUUGCCAGUUUUGGUGCUUACCUUCUAAAGUCCGAUAUCAUUGCUAUGUCUUUAGCACCAAAUGAUGUGCACCAAAAUCAGAUCCAAUUUGCGCUAGAGAGAGGAAUUCCUGCAUUUCUUGGUGUUCUAGGAACAAAGAGGCUUCCUUACCCAAGCAGAUCUUUUGAACUUGCUCACUGUUCUCGUUGUAGAAUUGAUUGGUUGCAGAGGGAUGGGCUCCUUCUUCUUGAGCUGGAUAGGCUUCUUAGACCUGGAGGAUAUUUUGCCUACUCUUCCCCUGAAGCUUAUGCACAGGAUGAAGAAGACCUAAGAAUAUGGAAGGAGAUGAGUGCACUUGUGGAACGUAUGUGUUGGACAAUUGCUGCGAAAAGGAACCAAACUGUCAUUUGGCAAAAGCCUUUAACAAAUGACUGUUAUUUGGAAAGAGAGCCUGGCACUCAUCCACCUAUGUGUCGAUCUGAUGAUGAUCCAGAUGCAGUGUGGGGUGUCCCAAUGGAAGCAUGCAUUACACCUUAUUCUGAUCAUGAUCACAAAACCAGAGGUAGUGGCCUUGCACCAUGGCCUACCCAAUUAACUUCUCCUCCUCCAAGGCUUGCUGAUUUUGGCUAUUCGAGUGAAAUGUUCGAAAAAGACACGGAACUUUGGCGCCAUAGGGUUGAGAGUUACUGGAAUCUCUUGAGUCCGAAGAUCUCAUCAGAUACUUUGAGGAAUGUGAUGGACAUGAAGGCAAAUUUAGGGUCAUUUGCUGCUGCUUUGAAGGACAAAGAGGUGUGGGUGAUGAAUGUUAUCCCCGAAGAUGGGCCCAAAACGCUUAAGAUUGUGUACGAUAGAGGCCUGAUUGGCACAACGCACAACUGGUGUGAAGCCUUCUCAACAUACCCCAGGACUUACGACUUGCUCCAUGCUUGGACUGUGUUUUCCGACAUUGAGAAGAAAGGUUGUAGUGGUGAGGAUCUACUGCUCGAGAUGGAUCGAAUUCUCAGGCCUACAGGUUUCAUUAUUAUCCGGGACAAACAAUCCGUCAUUGAGUUUGUAAAGAAGUAUUUAUCUGCAUUGCACUGGGAAGCAGUUGCGAUGGCAGAUUCCACUUCAGACCCUGACCAAGAAGGAGACGAGGUUGUGUUUGUCAUCCAAAAGAAGCUUUGGUUGACAAGUGAAAGCUUCAGGGUGACAGAGUAG